CAAGAGGCGGGAUGGAUAAAUAAAUAAGUGCAUAAAGGAGGCUUUGAAAAAGGGUCUGCCCAAACGGUUCUGAGUUUUGUGGUAGCUGGCUGCACUGCAAAAAAGAGCAGUGAAAGGAGACAGAGUGGAGAAGUGAAGGUGAAGAUAGGAGGAAGAGAGGAGACGAGUGUGCUUUGCAGAGAGAGAGAGACAGAAAACCAGGACAGUGUGAUAAAAGAAGGGAGCGCUGAGAUUUGGGUUACACUGCGUUGCAGAGAUGCAGAGAGGACAGUGGCUACCCCUGCAGCACAGCAUUGUCUAAAUAAGACUAAGGGAAAGAUGUAAAGCACCCUCGCUAUGCAGAGCACUCUUACCGCAGGCAUGCUGAAGCCAGGACCAGGUGAGCCACAACCAGGCUGUACCACCCUCAACCUACUAAUCUACCGGCACUGCCUUCUGUGCUGAGAGGCCUUCAUGCCUCGGGAGUAUGCAAGACAAGAGGAGUUAAGAAGGAGGGAGAGAAAGGGACAGGGAGGAGGAACGAGAGAAAGGAGGCUGGGGUGCUGUAUUUUUGGAUGAGGGAGCUCCUGAAUUAAGAGCUGGUGAAAUAAAGAUGUAGUGUGAGCAGGAGGCAGAACAAGGAGCGUGCUGUGCUGCAGUGGAGAGGAGUGGAGUAGACGCCGGGUGAACACACACACAUACACACACCCCCUCUUCUAGAUCCAACAAGGCUCUCCCUGGACAGAGAGAAUCCACCGUUAUCGCCGCAGGGCUUAGAAGAUGCCCUCUCGCUGUGGUACAGCGGUGCGGAUCUUCAUCACCACUCUAUUUGCAGCUGUGGUGCUCUUUGCUAUCCUGCUGGCUUAUGUGACUGGCUACCAGUUUAUACACACUGAGCAGCAUCACCUCUCCUUUGGCCUGUAUGGCGCCAUCUUGUCACUGCAUCUGCUGCUGCAGAGCCUUUUUGCUUACUUGGAACACCGUAGCAUGCGGGCACCAUCGCGGCCGCAGCACCUGCGCUGCACGGUUGCCCUGUGCAUUGCUGCUUACCAGGAGGACCCGGACUACUUACGCAAAUGCCUGCGCAGCGUGCGCCGUAUCUCCUUCCCCAGUCUUAAAGUGGUGCUUGUUGUAGAUGGUAACCGGCCCGAGGAUGCCUACAUGAUGGACAUCUUCCGGGAAGUAAUGGGAGGAACGGAGCAGGCCGGAUGCAUGGUGUGGAAGGGGAACUACCAUAGCAAUGGGGCCGGAGAUGCAGGGACAGGCUCAGUGAACACGGAGGAAGCUGUUCGAGCUGCCAGGAUGGUGCGCAGCUGUCGUUACUCGUGCAUCAUGCAGGAAUGGGGUGGGAAGAGGGAAGUGAUGUAUACAGCUUUCAAAGCUCUAGGGAACUCUGUGGAUUAUGUCCAGGUAUGUGACUCAGACACAGUCCUUGAUCCAGCCUGCACUAUUGAGCUGCUGAAGGUUCUGGAGGAGGACGCAGCAGUGGGAGGAGUAGGUGGUGAUGUACAGAUCCUGAACAGAUAUGACUCCUGGAUAUCGUUUCUGAGCAGUGUCAGGUACUGGAUGGCCUUCAAUGUGGAGCGUGCCUGUCAGUCCUAUUUUGGCUGUGUUCAGUGUAUCAGUGGGCCUCUUGGCAUGUACCGCAACUCCCUUCUCCAGCAGUUCUUGGAGCCCUGGUAUCACCAGACCUUCCUGGGCAGCAAGUGUAGCUUUGGUGAUGACCGGCACCUUACCAACCGUGUCCUCAGCUUUGGCUUCAAGACAAAGUUUACUGCACGCUCACAAUGCCAGACUGAGACACCUACUCACUACCUCCGCUGGCUCAACCAGCAGACCCGCUGGAGCAAGUCGUACUUCCGGGAGUGGCUCUACAAUGCUCUCUGGUUCCACAAGCACAGCCUCUGGAUGACUUAUGAGUCUGUAGUGACUGGAUUCUUUCCCUUUUUUCUGGUGGCUACAGUGCUCCACUUGUUCUACCGUGGACGGCUGUGGAACAUCCUGCUAUUCCUGCUAACAGUUCAGCUGGUGGGAAUGGUGAAGGCCACGUAUGCCUGCUUUCUUAGAGGCAGUUUAGUCAUGAUCUUUAUGUCUCUGUAUUCCCUGCUGUACAUGUCUAGCCUCUUACCAGCUAAAAUAUUUGCCCUGUUGACUAUCAAUAAAGCAGGCUGGGGCACAUCUGGGAGGAAGAAGAUUGUGGUGAACUUAAUUGGGGCUAUACCUGUAACUGUCUGGGCACUUCUUUUGCUUGGUGGAGUAGCUUACACCAUUUACUGUGAGACACAGGAACCUUUCAGUGAAACUGAGAAGAUCCUGCUCAUUAGUGGGGGCAUUCUCUAUGCCUGCUACUGGCUUAUACUUUUGGUGCUUUACUUGGCUAUAGUGGCCAAGCGCUGUAACAAAAGGGAGGAGCAGUACCAUCUGCCCUAUGCUGAGGCCUAGAAUGCCUUAAUGAUGUUGCUGGAUAAACUUUAUGGGACUGGUCUGAAACAGUCUUCUACCUCUCUGGUGCUAAGCUCAGAGUCAUAUUGCAUACUCACUUCAUUUGCAUUAUGGAGCUUUUGCCCACCAGUUGAGAUACAUUACUGGAGUUCCAAGAAGGUACAACUGAGCUGUGCAGUAUUUUUGCUUCUUAAAUAUAUAAAGCAUACAUCAGAGGCAAUGUUCAAUCAUGGUGCUGAGCUCACACCAUCAUAUUGGUGAAUGUUGUGGGUGCUUAGACUCGAAUUAGAAUCACACACUGUGGUGAAAUGUAUAUCAUUCCUGGGAAGAACUCCAUAUUUAGCCUCCGCUACCAUAUAAUGAAAAUGAUCAUUGUGAUUGUCAUCAUUUGCCUUAAUUUAAAUUGUGAUACAUGUAAUACUAAUGAAUAUUCUGUUGGGGUAUGUACUAUACCAAAUGUUUUUCAUUUUGCCUUAUUUCAUUUUUUUUAUAUUUACUUGAGGAUUCUUCAGGAAACAUUCUUUUAUGCUGUAUUAGGAACAACCAAAGAGUAUUUCAAAGUUUAUUUGGAUAUUAUUAAUCAUACACAACAAACGUUUAUCAUUUCUGUUACUCUAGACGCAGAUGUACAUUGUGACGUAACACAUCAACCACAUUUUCCUUUAGAAAUGCAUCAAGCUUAACUGUGCAACCUGAAACUUGAAUGUGCAAAAAUGAAACAAGAUAUGCUGCGUUUACAAGUUAACAGUGACGUGCCAUUUUAUUAGAUAGAAUUCCUUUUUAUGGAUUAUUCUGUUUCUUUAUAUAGAUACAAGAUUUGAAAAGUAAUUGUUAAUGCAUAUCAUCAUAUCAUCCAUGUAAUGUAAUUUUUCAUACCAGCAAAAUGCUCAAUCUUACAGCCAACCUACAGUAAUGAUGUUUACAUGCAAUGCAGUUAAUUAAAUGUAUAUUAGGUCUAGUAGAAUACAAUUUGUUAAAAACAAAGGAUUUAAGGAUUUAAAGUUGCCCUCUCUAUAUAGCUAGAACAGGCACAAAUUCCAAAGCAACAGAAAUAAUGGGAAAUAAUGCAUAGUAUCACAUCAGCCCCUUUUCUCUCCCAUUGCCAGCAUGUGGAUUUACUGAUUUAUUACAUAAGCACAAUGUACACUCACUCUCUGACAACACACUCAAACAGGAAGAAUAACCUCUGUCAGUUUGUCUCUGUAGUGUGAUGAAUUCAUGAACCGGCAGUCUGCACGAGUGCUUCUCAUAUUCAGAGUUAAGGCAUUCUAAUCUCCAGGCCAACAGUUUAUUCUAGCAAAAGACAACUGACGUAAAUAACGAUGCAUACAUUUUUCAUGGGUGUAUAUGUGCGUUUUACUUGUAAAAUGUGUAUAGAAGCGAGUAGAGUAAAUGUGAGUGAACUUUACUAUCAUUUAAGGAUAGUUGCCCGAAUUAAUGCAUUAUUCAGAACAAAAUUAAAACUUGCAGGACAUAAGAAUAAUAAAAAAAAAACCCUCAAGCUACAUAUGCCUGAGAUUAGAUUUUGUCCUAACGUGAGCUUUUCUUUUAAUGUAGUGGUCUAAUUAGUCGAUUAGUUGCUAAUAUUGGGUUAACCAGCAUUUUCCCUUCCCAGCCCACAACUACAGAAUGUUCUCAGAGUAAAGUUAAUCUCGAAGCACAUGCCUAGUUCAUUCAUUUAAAUAACCCUUGACUGUCAAGUUAAAAGAUGUUCAUCACAUUUGAAAGCUUUGUUCAUUAGGUUUAAGGGUAACCAAUGCAAAAACAUAGCAAACACACUGGCGAUUGCACAGUGAGCUACUUAAUGGUGUUAUGUAUGUUGUGAGGGUGUUGUUUCAACUGAAAGAUAAACACUGAUGGACUUUCAGAUAAGGUAGAUUGUGAAGUACAUUUUUGUCCAUUGUGUGCAGGACUAACAAUGAUUUUACUAAUUGUUCGAUAUAUUUAAAAAAAAUAUUUAAAUAAUGAAUUUUAAAUAUCUACUGUAUAUGUUUAAUAUAAACCAGUGCAAGAAUACUGAUAUCACUGUACGUUAUUACAUUUUGUAUUGCAGUAUUUUCCUGAGUGGUUAAAGGCUUUUUGUGAGUCCAGUAAAAUAAUGAGUUGUUUUAAGGGUCAGAGAAAGUAAAAUCUAUUUUAGAA